AUGGCGAAGGAGAAAAAUUCCAUUAACACCACGAUGGCUUCUUUUUCGAUCAACUACUCGGCAUCCUUUACGAAUGCUUACCAGGAAAUACACGUAAACUUGCAGAUUGUCAAUGGGAAUUUGUUAAACAUUAGCGAGCACAGCAUCAGUUCGAACAUCAGCAAGGAAUGCGCUCGGUUAUGCGUAUCGUGGGAAAAAAUACUGCUGGUAGUGCUGUUUUGCACUCUGAUUGUCGUCACGGUGAUUGGUAAUACGUUAGUCAUCUUAUCAGUCGCCACCACCCGUCGCCUUCGAACGGUGACCAACUGCUUCGUGAUGAGUUUAGCCGUAGCUGACUGGUUGGUAGGAAUUUUUGUAAUGCCACCCGCGGUAAUACUUUUCGUAGUGGACAAAUGGCAAUUGGGGUGGAUACUGUGUGACAUUUGGAUAUCGCUUGACGUACUGCUUUGCACCGCAUCAAUUCUGAGUCUUUGUGCAAUCAGCGUUGAUAGGUAUCUGGCUGUCACGCAACCUUUGACGUACUCGAAGCGAAGGCGCUCCAAGCGAUUGGCAUUGCUAAUGAUCCUCAUCGUAUGGAUAGUGGCACUAGCCAUAACAUGCCCGCCUUUUUUAGGGUGGUAUGAUCAGGAUCGAAAGCGGAAUGAAUGCCUAUACAAUCAAAACAAAGGGUACGUCGUUUUUUCUGCGAUGGGAUCGUUCUUUAUCCCAAUGACUGUGAUGUUGUAUGUAUACUCCAAAAUCUGCUGCGUCCUGACGUCUCGUCAACACCGAAUGACGCGAACAGAGGUGACGGAGAAGACUUGUGAUGUAGAUGCUGAUUAUAAUACUUCCGAAAAUGAAACUAGUCCACAAUUGGGAGGCUACCUUGGGCGUGCGACUCCAUCCGUCUACAUUCAGUCACAUCAAACGCUAUAUGAAUUUUUGAGCUCAGCCAGAACUACUCCCAAUGCACAGAGGCAACCACUUACAGCGACCAAACUAAUGACAUCGAGUCAAGGUUCCAGCAAUACUAGUGGAACCGUGAAGUAUCCUAAUAAUUAUGAGAUGCGACCGAUCAAUUCGGUUCAGUUCAGUGCCAGUCAAAUAUCACUGGCAGAAUCGUGUAUAUCGAAUGUAACUAUAAACAACACCGCCAAAUCGAGGCUUACUGGAAAACGCAUACCCAUUCGAAUUUCAUCCCUGAAACGUGAAUCGAAAACGGCUCAAACUCUCAGCAUGGUGAUGGGCGGUUUUAUCGCUUGCUGGCUACCAUUCUUCAUCUACUAUCUGUUGAUGCCGUUUCUACCCGAAUCAUCCAAAAGUAAAAAUCUAAUGGCUUUCCUGACCUGGCUCGGUUGGAUAAAUAGUGCUAUCAAUCCCUUUAUUUACGCUUUUUAUAAUGUAGACUUUCGAUUAGCUUUCUGGCGCUUGACGAUCAGGAAGUUUUAUAAAAACAAGCACAACUUAACUAUUUUCAGGCCGUAA